CGCUCCAUCCCGGCUCCAGCCGACCAUUCCCGAGCUGCCAUGUCUUCCGACUUCGAAGGCUACGAGCAGGACUUCGCAGUGCUCACCGCUGAGAUCACCAGCAAGAUUUCCAGGGUCCCUCGGCUCCCUCCGGAUGAGAAGAAGCAAAUGGUUGCCAACGUGGAGAAACAGCUUGAAGAGGCCAGAGAACUGCUUGAACAGAUGGAUUUGGAAGUUCGAGAAAUCCCGCCCCAAAGUCGAGGAAUGUACAGCAACAGAAUGAGAAGCUACAAGCAAGAAAUGGGAAAACUAGAAACAGACUUUAAAAGGUCACGGAUCGCCUACAGUGACGAAGUACGGAAUGAGCUCCUAGGGGAUGAUGGGAAUUCCUCCGAGAACCAGUUGAUAAAAUUACGUGAAGAGAGGGCACAUCUGCUGGAUAACACGGAGAGGCUGGAAAGGUCAUCGCGGAGACUAGAGGCUGGAUACCAGAUAGCAGUGGAGACCGGUAAGAAUUCUGAAAAGCAAAUCGGCCAAGAGAUGUUGGAAAACCUUAGUCAUGACAGAGAAAAGAUACAGCGAGCACGUGAGCGACUUCGGGAAACAGAUGCAAACUUGGGGAAAAGCUCCAGGAUUCUGACAGGGAUGUUGCGAAGCAGGAUCAUUUGAAGGAAGACACAAAGCUGGAGGCCAGGGGAAGCAUGCUGAAGGAGUUCUGUGCGCCCACAGGCAGGCACUGCCUCCCCUGACCCCUCCCUUUCCAACAGCCCUGGAGUGAAAUGCCCAGGCUGCCUAAGUGGGACAGCUGCCUCCCUAGAAGGCCCUUCCCUCCCCGUGUGGCCGGUCCCCUGACAGGGGGGCUUCCCAGGAAGAGGAGGCUAAACUCCACCUUGAUCAUUUGGCUUUGGGUUGGUUGGGUUGGGUUGGUUGGGUUGGGUUGGGUUUUUGAUUUGUUUGUUUGUUUGUUUGUUUUUCUGUCCUCUGCAAAGUUUGAUUGAAAGUACAAAUUGUCGUGAAAGAGUUGUAAAGCGCUAUGCACUGCCGUACAGUGUGCUCUAGGGAACAGUUCAAGAGUCCAUUCCCUCCCCAUUCCUCCAGAACAUUGUGUUCGCUGAGUAAGCUAUGCCGAAAGGGACAUGUAAUGAAGGAAGGUGCCUCCACACGAGGCGGUGAACACAGUGAGGAGAACUUGGAGGGUUAUCUCAGAGUCCGGGCCUCUAUCAAGGCUACUUAUGUGACUCAGGACAGCACUGCAGGUUCACUCCAUCAGGACUGGAGCCCUUCCGCAAGCAUGCCUUAUAACAGAUGUCACAGGCCCUGGCCUAGGAUGGGUUAGGAUUUUUGCAGCAGGGCCAUUACUCAUGAGCCUGACAAGCAUCUGGGACAAGGCUCUGGGAAACACCCUCAGAUCUCAGCUUAGCAUGAACAGAGAGGAAGGUUGCUGCAUCUGUGUUUGGUUUUCACUAUUCAAACUGAAAGGAUUUAAAACUGAAGAAAUUGUAUUCUCGGAACAGAUUUUCUCUGUGUGUUGUUCAGAUCUACAUGAUUAAAUAUAAAUUCAUUGGCAGCUUUCCCUUGCUUUCUUCUUACUUAGAUUCUGCUUUCCAAACUUGAACUGCAUCUUCUUGAGCAGUGACCACAAUAAGCAGAGCUGUCCACACGUCUCUGGAUUUCUUCUGUCUGUCUGUCUUGAGUAUGUACUGCACACAUCACUAGGUGACACAAGCAAACAGGAAGACAGUAUUCGGAGACCUGCUGGGCUCUGCUGCCGGCCACUUGGCAGGGGCUGAGGGCUGGAAUUGUUUGUUUCCUUCUCUGUGGCUUUUGUUUGGUGGUCUCUAAGCAGAAGGUGAUGGCGAAGGCAGUGUUUGUGUUUUAAUGGUUGAUCAAGUUAGUUUUUUUAAUCCAGACUAAUCAAAUACCUUUUCUGGUUAUGAUUAAAUAUUAUUUAUACACAGAUCACUGUGGUUAAGAAGAACAGGUCUCAUUAAUUAGCACUGUGUGGGGUGUGGCAUUUAAUACAAGCUCGUGGAUUUUGGUCUUUUAUUUGUCUUUGCAGUUUUUACUUUUCUUCCAGUGUGUGCACACAGGGGUGCGUGUGAACAUGUGAGCCACAAGUCGAUGUCAGGUCUUCAGUUGCUCUCCACUUUUUUUUUUUUUGGGGGGGGGGUGCAGGGGCCGGGAGACAAAGCUCCUCCUGCUCACUGAUUCAGGUGCAUCUCCACUUCUCCAGCCCUGGGGUUCCAGAAGCACACCACCAUGCCUGGCUUUUAUGUGGGCGUUAGGGAUCCAAGUUCCAGUCCCCAAGUUAUUUACGAACCGAGCCAUCUCCCCAGCUCUGUAGUUUGCAUUUCUCAAAAGAUUAUUUGAUUAUGUGUCUCUUUUCAGGAGAGAAAUUCAUGCACUUAAAUAGAUGCAUUGAUUUAGUUUAUAGCUUUUUUUCAUAGUCAGAAAAUAAAAUAGAUACUUGAGGCAGUUUCUUCAUAUACAUUUAUUUUGUACUCUUCUUUAUACUAAAGGCAUCUAAAACAUCCUGAUUUUUGCCUGCUCUCAUUCUUUCUCAAAGUGUCAUCCAAAGUUAUGUGUUUAUAUUUUAAACUCAGAGGAGUCAUUCACUUUGGAUUGGAAGCUUCCAGAAGCAGUGUUGAUUCAUAAGCUACAAUAUUUAGCAAGUAUUGUCAAACAUACCUUAAAGCCAGUCUUUAACGUUUUUCUAUUAAUAAGAACUGCCAAAUAUCCCUGUUUGUUAAAUGAUAGGCCUGUUGUGUAUAUGCCAUUUUAAGGUUGAAAAUAGGAAGCAGCUAUCAAUUCUAGACUCAGGUUGCGACAGUCGCCUAAGUUGGUAGAGUGUAUAACAUGUCCAACCCAAGGUUGUUGGAAGGAGUCACUGCGCCUUGCCAACACUUUGAGAGUUCUCACCAUCUAACUACAAUUUGUCCCUGGUCUCUGUGGCCAUUCUACAUAAGGAACCUCACUCAAGUCUGAGUGCCACUGUGUUUAUUCAAAAACAUAUACAUUUCACAUACAUGAUUUUUUUUAGUGACCAACUCAAGACAGAAAGAAAGACUUCUAGCUCCGGUUUUUAUGAAGUUUUUCAGUUUUUUGUGUUAAGUUGGGAAAACAGAGCUAUUGCUAAGCAACCCUGGAUUAGGCACAAAAUAGUUGAAGGUCCCAAAUGAGAAACAUUUGUAAUGGAAUAUGCUCUACCACUUGUUUUACCACAUGGCUUAGCACCCUUCUGCUCACACAUGGUUAAACACAUGUUUGAACUGAUGUUUUAACACCCGCCUCACACGUCUCUUUGUCCACAUAUGCUGGAACAUGUGCUUUUAUACUCUUGUGGUCUGGGAGAGGAGAGCAAGCAGAGUAUCGUCUGGGGUUUCUUUUUCUAAAGGCUCAUUGGUUAGUGGCAUCCAGUCAAAGGUUAGUGCCUUAUUACCAAAGUCACAGCUCUUUUCACUAGAUAACACAAGUAAGCCUUCCCAGUGGGCUAGAGAUAGGCAUAACCAUGGUCUUCUGUCUAGUGCCAGCUGGUCUUUGACCUCCUCAGGUACCUCAGCAGGUGGCUACAUUGUGUCUUAAAGUAUUGUUUUGCACUCUAGCUAAUCCAUGUAUAUUUUCUAAACACUCAAGCUGUUCAUCCUUACUCAGGCUCAACUGUAGAAUUAAACAAGGCUUCCAUAUCUGCCACUGGCCUAAGUUCUCUGUCUUAACUGACAGUUUCAAUACAGACAGCAGCUACGUCACUUUCAGCAAGGAGAAUGUCGCCUCACCCUAACUGCAUAGACAUGUCAUCCAUGCUGUCUUUAUUGGUUUGGGCUUCAGUACCUUAAAAGAACAAAUACUGAUUUGCACAGUUCAAGAGUUUGAAAAGUCCAACUUUACGGUGCUGGCAGAUACAGUAUCUAGUGAGGGUCUACUUCCUAGUCUACAGAUUACUUUCUUCUUUUUGGAGCUUCACAUGUUAGACAGCAGAGUCCAUGGUAGCUCUACCCAGUCAAAUAACAGGAUGGUGUACAGCAACCUACAUUUCAAUAGUGCUUUUAGCCUACAAGAUGUGUCGGCUGCUUCUUUUCUGAUCCCUACUAGAACGAGAAGUAGCACGUACCCCGUCUCCUAGACAGGCGCACCAAGGCCCGUCGGCUUCAGAACUCUGCUAAAAUGUACAUAGCCGGUGGGUAAGCAAGGAGGCCAGGUGUUGCCUGCAGGUUCUCUCACCUCUAAAUCAAAAAUGUUCCUGCUGUGUGACAAGGCCGACUCCUGUAAGACCUACAAGGUGAUGCCUAGAAUGGCCAUUCUCAUCAAAGAGCAUAGAGAACAGGAAAGAUGUGACCGGAAGUAGUGCCUGUUUGUGAAAGCCUAUGAGUCAGGCCUGUUCAAGGAACAUGUACUGAAUCCUCUUGCUCAGUCAACCCAGCACCCCAUUGGGCAGGUGUGGAAAUUACGGUAUCAAGUCACAACAAACUUGCACGAGUCAGAGCAUCAGUAAGGUGCAUCAGUAAGUCAAAACUAUGCCUUGAAUGCAAGACUGAUUCAAAAUAAAACCCAAACUCAGAACCACUGCUCACAUUGGCUUCUAACCAGCACCAACAGAUGAGCUCAUAGACAAGCCACAGUGAUUGCAGAAGGCAGUGUGGGAUGAAAGAUAUUGUUUUCCUAAUCAUUCCUGGUUAUGAAGUCUGUGAUUGCAUUUUUCCAUUCUAACGUUAGAAAAUGGAUCAAUAUAACAAUAAGUAAAUGGAUAUUGUGGGAAAGCAUUUGUAAAUAAGCUCAGCAUUUAGUCUGUGCCUCUUACUAGCUGGCCAUAGCAUGCACUGUCCUGACUAAUACCCAUAUCAGCUUUGUUUUGCAGGUGGCUGUGCUUGCAAUUACUGAACAUAAAAAUAAUAUAUAUUUUGAGACCUUGAGUUUCCAAGAGUAGUAAUGGCUGCUAAGUUAAAUUACUUAAAAAUACAUUCUACCUUAUUGACAGGACUCUAAAAGGUCAAAAUUGAACAAAUUGUGUAAAGACUGUUGCCGUUGAGUUGGCCAUUUAGAAUGGCAUUUUUCCUAGUUGUACAGUAAUUGCCCGGCCUAUCUUCACAAGUGGCUUUCAAGAUAACUUUAAGGUGACUAGAAUGCUUGAACUUGCUUUCCGUGCUAAAUUGCAUUGGAUCUGGAUGCAUAGACCAGCAGACAAACAUGGAAGAGCCACCUGUGGGUGCCUGACUUGUAAAUGGAUGCAGGAAAUUGUGAUUGCCUGGAGGGCUUGGAAGACCCAGAGGGAAAUCUAGAGGGCUCUUCUUUCUGUUCUGCCCUGGAUAUAGAUAGAAUCGUUAAUACCAGUAUCUGGCAAUGUCCUAAAGAAGGUGCAGUUCUGGAAUAUAUGAAGUCUUCUUUUGGUUUUGUUGUAUUUCAGUGGCAUUUUACCAUGCUGAAGUUCAAGGACAAAUCAUUGCAUCCUAACAUAGUCUUUGCCAAACUUCCAAAACUCUAAGCACAAAACCCUCAGCCUUCAUUUCUUUUGUUGCCUAAAAUCUAGGUACUGCUGAGCUAAAACCUGAACUUAUGAAGUGAGAAUAUACUUGAUUAGGAACAAAAAAAUAUUCUACAUCCAGAAAUGCAGAUGUGCACAGCAGUCCUGGGGGGAUGUUGGUAUUUGAUCUCUCUGUCUUAAAGGUUCAUGUUCCCAAGGUUAAGAAAUGCAGAGAGCCAACUUUUAUUAGUAACUAAUGCUGAAAUUACUCUGGAGAUCCUAAAAGUAUUACAUUACAAAUCACUCAGCUUUGGAAAUCCUACAGCUCAUGGGUUACAGAUAUCACUGGAUGAGAGAUGGGGGCGGUAAGUGAAAGACAUCACUCACGGGCAGCAUGCUGGGACAGUUUUCACCUUGGUGAGAAAAAAGACAGGCCUGGGAGUCAAAGCAUAGUUAGAAGAACCAGGAAGCAAAGGCCUCCAUGUUGGGGGAGUUGGGUGGGAAAGGUGCAGUAGUACAGCUUGGGCUGCCUUAUCUUCCUGCUUCUCUAAUGUUUAACUUUAUAACCUGGGCAGGUUGUUUCUGUACUGAGCAAGCCUCGGUAUUUAUAGAAUAAUAUCCGUUAACAACCAUGGCACUUGUGGGCAAGCAUGAAGAAGAGACCAGGGUCAUUUCAUGUCAAGAGAAGACGUUGUCCUUGUCAUCAUCCUCCUCCUUUUCAUCCUCCUCCUCCUUCUUUGUCUAAAUCCAACCUUUAAUUCCGACAGCAAAGAAUGAAUGCAUAAAUCUGUGUUGCUUGCAGAAGUGAGCUGUGACAGACAAAAUUGUACCUUUUUCACUUCUCAUAGUCCUAUUCUUCAGUGCAUUUGACUCACUGUGAGCUUGAACCGCCCUGGGAUGGUUGGGAAGUGUUUUCCUCUGGAAAGGCAUCCUCUGAACCAUUGUAUUUUGAGGUGUUUCUAAGGUGAUCAGAAUAAAGGAUCUUAAAAGUA